GCAUCAUUAAUUACUGAAGGACGUCACAUUACUCAUAUCUCUGAGUCUUUCAUUCGUACUUUGGCAAUGAACGUAUCACAAAGUAUCAAAUCAAAUCAAGAAAUAUCAACUAAUAUAUUCACAAAAUAUGAAGAGGGGCUAUCAUUAUUCAUUAGUGACAUUAUUAAGGAUACUCUGGUUGAUCGUAAGAUGAAGAAAGCUGAGUUACUGAGACACGCUCAAACUGCUGAAGCAUUGUGGAGGAAAUUAUCUCCAAUGGUUGAUAACUGUGGAUCAUUCGACUUCACACCGUUAAAACACAGCCUAUUAUGGAGGUUAGAUCUCAAAGAGGAUUCUCACAGACGAAGAUUAAAGACAUUACCUAAUCACAAUGGAUCCACUCACAGUAAUGCAGUGAGGAGCAACCCUGAACAACUAGCAAUGGAGCAUAAGAGUUCAUUUGAUCCUAAUCUGUUACUGUCUCCAUUACCAACUGAUGAAGAUCGACUCACUGAUGAAAGAGUAGGAGAUGAAGAAGGAGACAUGAUAAUAGAAAAUAAAGAAACUCCUCAGGUUUCAUUAGACUGUUCAAUGAUAUUCCUCUCCUAUGUACUACCUGGUACUCUGUCAUUCACUAAACAACACUUCACCUUCACUGCUGAUGAUUCAUCCACUGAAUGUAAUAAAGUAUCUCAAAUUUGUGACUAUUGUCCGUUGAGUGACCAGUGGUUACUGCUCAGUGUUACUGCUGUGUUCUCUCGAUAUUACAUUCAUCAGUUUAAAGCAUUAGAGAUAUUCUUUAAUGAUAAAAGUUCAAUAUUUAUUGUAUUAAAGAGUCCUUCAGAUAGAAAGACUGUCAUUAAUCUACUGCCUAAAGUUGGUAUUGGACCAAACUAUGGACUACCACAAACAAG